CAUUCAUGGCAGCUCGCAGGCCAGCGCCGUCCCGCAGCUGCAUCGUCUUCCGCGCCUCCUCCCCAUCGUCGCCCAGCUCGUGUCAUCAAUAAUACUCCGCUUCUCCUCGCGACUGUGCUCCCGCGCUCUACGCGCAUGCACACACGGUGCUGCCCCACUGUCGACAUCAAGCCGUGAUUUUUGCCCAUCAACAGCACUGAAUCCGUGCCCACCAACUCCACUUCAGGCCAGCCAUGAAUGCCGCCCCGGACACCUCGUUGAUAGAUAAUGUCUCACGGCGCCUGCAAGUCGUCCUGUUUGUUCUGGCUGCCUACCUGGCCAUUGGCCGCCUCCGCCAGUACUGGCGCCUGAGACACUUUGCCGGGCCCGCGACGACGGGUCUCUCUUGGCUGUGGCAUUCGCGGGCUGUCAUCGGCGGCGAGUCCCCCAGGUACUACGGCGACGUGUGCGAAAAGUACGGCCCGAUUGCGAGAAUAGCACCCAACCACCUUAUAACCUCUGACCCAGAGCUCUGGAUGCGCAUCAACGCUGUGCGCUCGCCGUACAAGAGAUCGCCCUGGUACUAUCACGCUGCCCGUUUCGAAGUCGGCAAGGAUAACGUCUUUACCGAAUGCGACAAUGACCGCCACGAUGCGCGGCGGAGGAAGAUGCUUUCUGGCUACUCGGGCAAGGAGAACCCGACACUGGAGCCUUCGAUUGACGUACACGUCAAGGAGCUCGUCGACCUAGUGCGCAAGUAUGCUUCCUCGCCGGCCUCCAUCGACCCGCCUACCCACAUGGACUUGGCGCAGAAGAUUCCCUUCUUUACCCUGGACGUCAUCAGCCACAUUGGCCUGGGCGAGGCCUUUGGCGACUUGACGGCCGACCACGAUGUCAAGGACUAUCUCAAGUCGAGCGAAGAAGGGCUCAAGAUUGGCAACACGGCCUUUGCCAUGGGCAUCGCCUGGCUCAAGGAAAUGCCCAUCAUCGGACCCGCCAUCAGCCCGUCGGAAAAGGACACGACCGGCUUCGGCAACAUGAUGGCUCAAGCGCGCAAGAUUAUCGUUUCCAGAAGCCAAAAGUCGACGGAAGAAAAGUCAGACAUGUUUGCAGCCUUUGUCCGCCACGGGCUUGCAGGGGAUGAGCUUUUCCAAGAGGUCUUUGAGCAGAUCCUUGCUGGCUCUGAUACUACCGCGGCUGCGAUUCGUAUUAUCUUGCUUCAUGUCAUGAGCCACCCGCGAGUAUAUGCAAAGCUGCAGGCCGAGAUUGACGAAGCAGUCCAGAACGGAAAAGCCCCGGCGUCUCCCGGUGUGGUAUCGGAUGCACAGGUGCGCCGCCUACCGUAUUUGGGUGCUGUAGUCCGAGAAGCCAUGCGGAUGCACCCCCCCGUUGCCAACAUCUUCUCCAAGGUGGCGCCCGAUGAAGGAGAUGUGGUGACUAUCGACGGAAACGAGUACUACAUCCCCGGCGGCACCCUGAUUGGCUACUCGGCUUGGACAAUGCAUCGCAACAACCGCAAAGUCUACGGCGAAGAUUGCGCCACGUUCCACCCCGAACGCUGGCUCAUUGACGACUCGGACGACGCAGCAAAGGAGCGCCUGGCCAGGAUGACGAGGACCAAUGAUUUGAUUUUUGGCUAUGGCCGCUGGCUUUGCCUGGGCCGCAACAUUGCCCUGAUCGAGAUCCACAAGGUUGUGUUUGAACUGUUGAGAAACUUCGACAUGGCCUUGACCUAUCCACUGCAGCCAUGGAAGACGUUUAAUUCCCUUGGCCUCUGGGAAAUCAAGGACAUGUGGGUCGACGUCAAGGUGCGAGAGUGAGCAUGAUAAUUGAUACAACAACGGGUAAUGAGCAGGAACGAAUCGAGGAACAGACUGUCAACGAUAUGACGAUUUCCUACGUGUCACGUAGCAGUACUGGGGGAAUGCUGCUGGAUUUCUGUUUUGCUUCUUGUUAGUGUUGGUGUCGCAAGGGCAACGCGUUCUCCCUACUAAAAUGCCAAGGGGCCCAAUCGGCUUGCUGCGUCAACCACAACGUGCCAACAUGGCAAAUCACGUAGAUACACAUAAUCACGAUGCAAAUGCCAUCCAAC